UGAUAUUUUUCGAGAAUAUGAACAUCCCAAGACGAAAACUGAGCGUCAUUUGAUAUUUAGUAUAAUUUGGCCUCAUAUAUAAAACAUUACUGCAUUUUUGAACUAUUUUCUUGUGAUGUGUUACAUUAUUUGAACAACUUCAGCGUAGACUGGCUUUUAAAGAAUGGUGUUUUAAGUUAUUCGUUUACAAAUUAUUUAAGCAGCCAAGGCCGCCGAAUUGCGACCAUUCGAAAAAAUUUCCAGCAAAACAGAACGAUAAACAGUUUCGCCAAUGAAGUAAUCUGAAUUGAAAACGCUAAAAGGGUUCUUUUGAAAUAUAAGCAAAAAAAGGAGCCUCAGCAUGCAUAUUAAACAAGUAAUCAUUCAGGGCUUUAAAAGCUAUCGGGAACAAACAGUUGUUGAACCUUUUGAUAAACGCCAUAACGUUGUAGUUGGUCGCAAUGGAUCAGGAAAAAGCAAUUUUUUCUAUGCGAUACAGUUUGUGCUAAGUGAUGAGUUCACACAUUUACGCCCAGAGCAACGUCAAGCUUUGUUACACGAAGGAACUGGCGCUCGAGCUAUGUCAGCCUAUGUUGAAAUAAUAUUUGAUAAUUCGGACAACCGAGUUCCGAUCGACAAGGAAGAAAUAUUCUUGCGUCGAGUGAUUGGAGCUAAAAAAGAUCAAUACUUUUUGAACAAAAAAGUGGUUCCCCGGUCGGAAGUUGUCAACCUAUUAGAGUCCGCAGGUUUUUCAAACUCUAAUCCAUACUAUAUUGUAAAACAAGGUAAAAUUAAUCAAAUGGCAACUGCUCCAGAUUCCCAUCGCUUGAAACUGUUGCGUGAGGUAGCUGGAACAAGAGUUUACGAUGAGCGAAAGGAAGAAUCUAUGAAUAUUUUGAAAGAGACAGAAGGAAAGGUUGAAAAAAUUACUGAAUUUUUGAGGACUAUUGAAGACAGACUAAAGACAUUAGAAGAGGAAAAAGAGGAGUUGAAGGAAUAUCAAAAAUGGGACAAAGCUCGCCGUACUCUUGAAUACAUCAUUCAUGAAACUGAGCUGAAAGAAAACAAAAAGCUUCUUGAUGAGCUGGAAUCGCAAAGAAAAAGCUCCGGUGACAAACAAAAGAUGUUCACUCAGGAAAUCCAAAAGGCGCAAGAGCGAAGCAAGAACAUACAAAAACUACUAAAAGAUGCCAAGAAGGAUGUUUCUACAACUAAAGAUGAAAAAUCAGUCCUAACAACUGAACAUCAACAAUUACUUCGAGAGAAAACGAAAUUGGAUCUGACUAUUUCUGAUCUUACUGAUGAAGUUCAAGGUGACAAUAAAUCGAAAGAGCGAGCUGAGCAGGAGUUGGAAAGAUUGAAAAUUACAAUUGCAGAAAAAGAAAAAGAAUUAGAAGCGGUACGUCCACGCUAUGAAGCUAUGCGCAGAAAAGAAGAAGAAUGUUCGCGAGAGCUUAAUUUGAAAGAGCAAAAACGUAAAGAACUUUACGCCAAACAGGGUCGAGGAUCUCAAUUUUCUUCAAAGGAAGAAAGGGACAAGUGGAUUCAAGGAGAACUGAAGUCUCUGAAUAAACAAAUCAAAGAUAAAAUUGCUCAUCAAAGUAAGUUACAAGAGGAUUUGAAGAGAGAUGCUACUAAACAAAAAGAGUUGGAAAAAAAGAUUGAAGAACAUAGCGAAGCCUUUGAGCAGCUGAGAGUGCAAAUAGAUGAGCAUAACAAACAUUAUUAUGAGUUGAAAAAGAAAAAGGAUCAUUAUCAAAGUAUACGAAAUGACAUUUGGAAAAAAGAAACUCAAGUUACUCACACGUUGUCGGGGAACAAAGAAGAACUUGCCAAGGCAGAUCAAGCUUUGCGAUCAAUGGCAGGCAAGCCUAUCUUAAAUGGACGAGAUUCCGUUCGAAAAGUACUUGAAAGUUUUCAACAGCGUGGAGGUCAAUAUGCUGAAAUAGCCAAUGCAUAUUUUGGCCCAGUAAUUGAAAAUUUCAAUUGCGAUAAAUCUAUUUAUACCGCUGUUGAGGUCACUGCAGGAAACAGAUUAUUUCAUCAUAUUGUUGAAUCCGACCGUGUAGGAACUCAGAUUCUUAAGGAAAUGAACAAAUUGAAGCUACCGGGAGAGGUUACAUUUAUGCCCUUGAACCGUUUACAAGUUAGAAUACACGACUACCCAGAGGAUCCCGAUUCGAUUCCAAUGAUAUCUAAGUUGAGAUAUGAAGAACAGUAUGAUAAAGCAUUAAGGUACAUAUUUGGAAAAACAUUGAUAUGUCGUAAUCUAGAACGCGCUACAGAAUUGGCCAAAAGCACAGGAUUGGACUGCGUGACAUUAGAAGGUGAUCAAGUGUCGUCUAAAGGCUGUUUGACGGGUGGUUAUUUCAAUACCUCACGGUCAAGGUUGGAGAUGCAGAAAAAACGAUCAGAAUAUCUUCAAAUGAUCGAGGACCUUGAAAAGGAGUUGAAUGGCUUUAAAACUGAAUUAAAACAAACAGAAUCCAGCAUAAAUAGUGUCGUGUCAGAAAUGCAAAAAACAGAAACGAAACAAGGGAAAUCUAAGGAUGCGUUUGAGAAAAUUCAGGCCGAUAUACGAUUGAUGAAAGACGAAUUGACAAGAAUUGAACGAUUUAGAAAUCCAAAGGAGCGAUCCCUUGCGCAAUGCAAGGCGAACCUAGAGGCAAUGAACAGUACCAAGGAUGGAUUGGAGAAUGAAUUACACCAGGAACUUAUGUCCCAGUUAUCUGUUCAAGAUCAACAUGAAGUUGAUCAGUUGAAUGAUGAAAUACGCAGAUUAAAUCAAGAGAAUAAAGAAGCGUUUACUUCUCGUAUGAGUUUGGAGGUAACAAAAAAUAAACUGGAAAAUUUGCUAACUAAUAAUCUCUUCCGCCGCAAAGAUGAACUGGUACAAGCGCUGCAAGAAAUAUCGGUCGAAGACCGUAAACGACAACUUAACAAUUGUCGCAACGAAUUAACAUCAACUGAGAAACGAAUCAAAAAAGUGUUAACAGAUUUGGAUGAAAUAGAUAAAAAGGUCAGUGAGGCAGUCAAGCAACAAAAAGCAUUUCAAAAAGAAUUGGAAGUUUGGUUGCAAAAAGAGAAAGAAGCUCAAGAGAAAAUGGAAGAAGAUUCAAAACGUAUGGAGAAAUGGGCAGCUAAAGAAAACUUGCUGCAUCAAAAAAUUGAAGAGUGUACUGAGAAAAUCGCUAGUCUUGGUGCGCUUCCACAAGUUGAUCCGUCAUAUCAAAGGAUGUCAUUAAAACAGUUAUUUAAAGAGCUGGAGAAAGCAAACCACCAUUUAAAAAAGUAUAAUCAUGUAAACAAGAAAGCCUUGGAUCAAUUUCUUAGUUUUUCUGAGCAAAAAGAAAAGCUCUAUAAAAGAAAGGAAGAACUGGACAUUGGAGGAGAAAAGAUUCGAGAAUUAAUGCAAAAUUUGGAAAUGCGUAAAGUAGAAGCUAUACAGUUUACUUUUCGACAGGUCGCUGCUAAUUUUACUGAAGUUUUCAAGAAGCUUGUACCUCAGGGUGCAGGCCAUUUGAUCUUAAGAACUCAUAAUGAUACAGAAGGUAAUGAUAUGGAAAAGGAGGUUGAAACAUCGGAUGAUUUUACCGGCAUCGGCAUUAGAGUCUCUUUUACCGGUGUGGAUGCUGAAAUGCGUGAAAUGAACCAGUUAUCUGGAGGGCAAAAGUCACUGGUUGCCCUAGCAUUGAUAUUUGCAAUCCAAAAGUGCGACCCGGCUCCUUUUUAUUUGUUUGAUGAAAUCGAUCAAGCUUUGGAUGCUCAACACAGAAAAGCGGUUGCAGAUAUGAUCCAUGAAUUGAGUGACAAAGCCCAGUUCAUCACAACUACGUUCAGACCAGAAUUAUUGGAGAAUGCUCACAAAUUUUAUGGAGUGCGUUUUAGAAACAAAGUGAGCCAUGUCGAUUGUGUUACAAGAGAAAUUGCCAGAGAUUUCGUAGAGGACGAUACAACUCAUGGUUAAAUUUGUCUACAAACUGUAGUUUCAUAAAAAAUGAUUAAUGACUUCAUAUACCUAACAAUAAGUUCUUUAGAAACUUCAUUAUAAAACAAUUUUAAUAACGAUCAAUAAAUUAAGCAUUCGUAUUAAGAAUAA